UUAAAAUCAGGAGAACGAUAUUCUCAAUUUGCCGCUAUCAACUUCUGAUAACAACGAAUAACCAAAUAGCUAAUAGUUUAUGAAGCACUUUGUCUUUUAAGGUUAGUUUUAUAUUUCUCGUCAAAAGUGUUUGUUGUUUAUUAUUUGACAACAGCUAAACAAUGGAAGCAGCUGGUAUUGUUCCCGAAAUAAUUGAUGUUCCUCCAAUUCAAGUUUUGAAGGUCACCUACCCAAGUGGAGUUACGGUUGAUAAUGGAAACGAUCUUACACCAACUCAAGUCAAAGAUCAACCAUCCGUGAUGUGGGAUGCUGAUGAAAAUGCACUUUACACACUAAUGUUGGUUGCUCCAGAUGUGCCAGAAAAAAUUAAGGACGCUUUGCAUUGGUUGGUUGUUAAUAUUCCUGGGAAUGAUUUAUCUAAAGGACAGUCUGUAAUGGAUUUUGCUGGCUCAGGGCCACCAUUAGGAUCUGGUAAACACCGUUACAUAUUUUUGGUUUUUAAACAAUCAAAUCCAAUUGAAACAAAUGUUUACAUUAAGGAAAAAGAAAUAGUUGGACGAUUUAAAUCGAAAGUACGUGAUCUUAUUAAGGAACAUAAUUUGAGCGAUCUAGUUGCUGGAAAUUUCUAUCGAGCAGAAUAUGAUGAUUAUGUUCCUAUUUUGCGUGCGAGUCUUAAUUUACCACCAAAUUUAAAAUUGUAAUUUUUGUUAGCAUUGAUGUAA